CCACUCACUGUAGCGCUUCUUCCUGGAUGGAAACAACACGCAUUGACGAGAAGGGCAGGGAUCGUCCACACACCCAAGGAGCAGAAAGACGAACGUUUUAAUAUGUUUUUGUCCAGGAUUUGAAUUCAUCUUUGCACAUCAGGCAACGACAAUCGACGUAUUUCCACUGACACUAGUCUGAAGCGGUUAAACAAGCGCUAAAAUCCCAUGUGAGUGCAAUGCGGUUUUGGAUGUAGACACGGGUAGUCCCCUUCGUACAGACAGCUUGUGGUGAAAGCACAUGCAAGGGUUCAAGAACAACAGAAUGGCACAACCAUUUUCUCUGCUGCAGAAGGGCUAGGACCGGUCUGUUCUUUUCCUCAAGAACUCUAAUCUUAAAUUCAAACAUGGACAAGAAGAGUCCUACCCCAACCGGAGGAGAUAGCCUGGAGAGGAGAGCUAGCCUAGAUAUGCAAGCGAGCCCGGUAACACAAACUAGUCUGGAGGGGGGAACGAGCCCAAAGAGGGGAACUAGCCCAGAGAAGAGAGCUUGUGAAGUUUUUUGCAAACUCUGCCUUAUGGAGCAGCCCUCUGCAGCCAUGAAGGAACUGCUGAACUGCAACUGCAUUUUCUGUACAGCGUGCUUGCAGCAGUAUGUUAAGCUGGCCAUUUUUGAGGGUGGAGGGGCACCUAUCACCUGCCCCGAUAUGAGCUGCCAGAAGACAGGCGUGCUACUGGACUCUGAGAUUGUAGCUUUAACUGGAGUCGCUGAAGCCAAGCUCUAUCAAAGAAUGAGAUUUGAAAGAGAGGUGAAGUUAGACCCCAGCAGAGCCUGGUGCCCGGUACUUGAAUGCCAGUCUGUGUGUAGUGUGCAUCUCUCAUCCGAAGGGCGUCCCACUGCUGUGUCCUGUGCUACCUGCCACACUGUCUUCUGCUCGGGCUGUCGAGGGCCGUGGGCAGACAAACACACCUGUCCUGAGCAGCAGCCCAUGAUGUCAGCACCCAGUGGAAAUGAAAGCAGAGGCCGCUCUGACAGUGACGCGCCCAUCAAACAGUGUCCCAUGUGUGGCAUCUACAUCGAGAGGAACCAGGGAUGUGCUCAGAUGCUCUGCAAAAGCUGUAAACACACCUUCUGUUGGUACUGUCUUCACAACCUGGAUGGGGAUAUCUUUCUGAGGCACUAUGACAAAGGCCCCUGUAGAAACAAACUGGGACACUCUCGAGCUUCUGUGAUGUGGAACAGGACACAGGUGGUGGGCAUACUGAUGGGCAUCUGCAUAGUGGUGAUGGUGACGUCUCCUCUCUUGGUGCUUGCCUCUCCGUGCAUCUUGUGCUGUGUGAGUAAACCAUGCCGUGGAAAGACAAAAACCAAGAAGAAAAAGAAAAAGGACAUUUCCACAUCUGAUCCCUCCACGUAGUAGCAGCCCCUCACUCAUGGACUUGUUCUUGGAUCACUUAAUGCUGGCUUCAUGCUGCUUCAACCACAGACAACCAAGAUAGAGUUACACUGACUUUAAAUGUGGCCUCAGAUCUGACUUCACUAGUUAACAUUAAAGGUGCUCUAUGUAACUCUUCUUGUUGGGGGUAUGCAACCUGCCUGUCUCCAUGAAGACUUUGUAGCUUUGCAUAGAAAGUUUCACCUAGACAAGCUGCUGACUCCACUGGGUCAAGUUACAGGUCAGAUUUGUUGAGAGUAGAGCCUAAGAAUGCAUGUUUUUCAAUGUGUUUUAGCCCUAAAAAAAACCUGUAACUGAAUACUGUGGAACAUACCGGGCAAAGCAAUGAAAUCUCCAUGAAUGAAGACAAGCACAUGGUGGACCCAAUCACCAGAAAAGUGACACAGUGCACCUAUGUAAUUAACCUUCAGGUCUAGGCCUCUUUCUGCAGCACUUUCUUCUAAAAGUCACUUCAAAAGGGCUACACAAUAGAAACAACAAUAGAAAGUUUUAUGUUUUGCUUGUAUGGAAGCCUUGAAAACAUUACAAAAGUAUGGACAUUGCCACAUUGAGUUCAUUGCAGUCACUGGCCUUGAAUUCCCAUUAACCAAACUACAGACAAGCUAUAUAGUUUACGUACCUAAAGCAAAAAUGCAAUUUUCAAUGAAAAAAAAACAACUUUUAUAUUUAUUCCUUACGAUUUUAAGCACUUUUCCCAGUAGUGUGAACAUAGGCAUUGACAUGCAAAGGGCUACUUGGUGGAAAACGUCAUAUUUUGUGUGAGCCUUGUCUGUGAUUUCUGUGUUGUUAAAACAAACAAAUGGAUACUGAUGCAUUUAAGGGCUUAUAUAACUGUAACUCUUGUAUGUACAACAUUUAAAUGAUGAAUGUCAUCUUUAUUUAACACAGAUGGAGAGUACAAAAUUGCUGUGGCUAUGGAUUAAUUUGACUGCACAGAUCAAUCAUGCAUAACAUUAUAACCACUGGACUGGAUGACAUUUGGGGCAAGUGAAACUGCAUGUUGUCUUUUGUGCUGACAUGCUAAAAGAAAGACAAAUAUUGUUUGACAGGAGCCAAAGUGUUUUGGCUAGGUUUUCCAGUAAGAAUUUCCCUUUCUCCUCUUUCUGCUUUCUGUAGUGGUUUGUAAGGGCCCCAAAAAACAAAGAUGAACAAACUAAUGCACAAACUAAUAGGCCACAUUGCUUAAAUUAGAAAUGAUCAGAUUAAAAUGAUGAUUUACAUUUUGUUACUUUAUAUUUGUAUUUGACAAAUGGUUAUAAUGUUAUGCUUUAUUGAUAUGUGUAGUUAUUGCUAUGCUUUACAUGAAGCCAUGCAACUGUCAUGUGCCAAACUUCAUGCUAAACCUGAGUUACAGGUGCUGAAGUGCCUCUAGUGCCUGGUGCUUGGACCCAUUGCCUUUCAUUGUUUCCAUAUGUUGGAACGCUCAAACAUAACCAGCCAUUACAUUUUAUAAUGUGUAACACUUUGAACAAUAUAAAACAUGCUUUCUUGUGAGAAAAGCCAAGUAGCAGCAUUCAUGCACUGUGUAUUGACAAAAUAAAAGCUUCAGUGCACAUAGAGCUUUUUUCAGUUGUUUUGACAGGGUGUUCUAGACCAAAGACACCAAAUAUAAUGUUCUCUAGAAUAUUUAUGGAUGAUGAGUCUACUGUCUGUACUGUCUGUAUCAUUUGUACUUUAUUUUGUUGCAGCACCACAUUUUAUAAUACCGCCACUUUAACUGAAUAAAACACUUUCUUUAACAUGA